AUGGCAGAGGCGGAAGCAGCGCAGCUGAAGGAGGAGGGGAACCGGCACUUCCAGCUCCAGGACUACAAGGCCGCCACAAAGAGCUACAGCCAGGCCCUGAAGCUGACCAAGGAUAAGGACCUGCAGGCCAUUCUCUAUCGGAACCGGGCAGCCUGUGGCCUGAAGACGGAGAGCUAUGCCCAAGCCGCUUCAGAUGCCUCCAGAGCCAUCGACAUCAACUCCUCGGACAUCAAGGCUCUGUAUCGGCGAUGCCAGGCACUGGAGCACCUGGGGAAGCUGGACCAGGCCUUCAAGGACGUGCAGCGCUGUGCCACCCUUGAGCCACGGAACCAGAACUUCCAGGAGACGUUGAGAAGGCUCAACACCAGCAUUCAGGAGAAGCUCCGUGUGCAGUUCUCCACAGACUCGAGGGUACAAAAGAUGUUUGAGAUCCUCUUGGAUGAAAACAGUGAGGCUGAUAAACGUGAAAAGGCUGCCAACAACCUCAUUGUCCUAGGCCGUGAGGAAGCAGGGGCUGAGAAGAUCUUCCAGAACAACGGAGUGUUCCUGCUGCUGCAGCUUCUGGAUACUAAGAGACCUGAGCUGGUGCUGGCUGCAGUGCGGACCCUGUCGGGCAUGUGCAGUGGCCACCGAGCCAGGGCCACAGUGAUCCUGCACGCAGUGCGGAUUGACCGAAUCUGUAGCCUCUUGGCUGUGGAGAAUGAGGAGAUGUCUCUGGCCGUCUGCAACCUUCUCCAAGUCAUCAUUGACUCCCUGUCUGGGGAGGACAAGCGGGAGCAUCGAGGGAAGGAGGAGGCCCUGGUUCUAGACACCAAGAAGGACCUGAAGCAGAUCACCAGCCACCUGCUCGACAUGCUGGUCAGUAAGAAGGUGUCUGGCCAGGGCAGGGAUCAGGCGCUGAACCUGCUCAAUAAGAACGUCCCCAGGAAAGACCUUGCCAUUCACGACAACUCGCGCACCAUCUACGUGGUGGAUAACGGCCUGAGGAAGAUCCUGAAGGUCGUGGGGCAGGUUCCAGAUCUGUCGUCCUGCCUGCCCCUGACCGAUAACACCUGCAUGCUGGCCUCUAUCCUCAUCAACAAGCUUUAUGAUGACCUGCGCUGUGACCCGGAACGUGAUCACUUUCGCAAGAUCUGCGAGGAAUAUAUCACGGGCAAGUUUGACCCCCAGGACAUGGACAAGAAUUUGAAUGCCAUCCAGACAGUGUCAGGAAUCCUGCAGGGCCCCUUUGACCUGGGCAACCAGUUGCUGGGCCUGAAAGGUGUCAUGGAGAUGAUGGUGGCUCUGUGUGGCUCGGAGCGUGAGGUGGACCAACUGGUGGCCGUGGAGGCCCUCAUCCAUGCCUCCACCAAGCUCAGUCGUGCCACCUUCAUCAUCACCAAUGGCGUAUCGAUGCUCAAACAAAUCUACAAGACCACCAAAAAUGAAAAGAUCAAGAUCCGCACGCUGGUGGGACUCUGUAAGCUCGGCUCUGCAGGUGGCACAGACUACGGUCUCAGGCAGUUUGCGGAAGGAUCGACAGAGAAACUGGCCAAACAGUGUCGCAAGUGGCUGUGCAAUGCGGCCAUAGACACGCGGACCCGGCGCUGGGCAGUGGAGGGCCUGGCCUACCUCACACUGGACGCUGAUGUGAAGGAUGACUUUGUCCAGGACAUUCCUGCCCUGCAGGCCAUGUUUGAGCUGGCCAAGGCAAGUACCAGUGACAAGACCAUCCUGUACUCGGUGGCCACCACCCUGGUGAACUGCACCAACAGCUACGAUGUCAAAGAGGUCAUCCCGGAGCUCGUCCAGCUCGCCAAGUUCUCCAAGCAGCACGUGCCCGAGGAGCACCCCAAGGACAAGAAGGACUUUAUAGACAUGCGGGUGAAGCGGCUUCUGAAGGCGGGUGUCAUCUCUGUGCUGGCCUGCAUGGUGAAAGCGGACAGUGCCAUUCUCACCGACCAGACCAAGGAGUUGCUGGCCAGGGUAUUCCUGGCACUGUGUGACAACCCAAAGGACCGAGGCACCAUUGUGGCUCAAGGUGGUGGCAAGGCCCUGAUUCCCCUGGCACUGGAGGGCACAGAUGUGGGCAAGGUGAAGGCAGCCCAUGCUCUAGCGAAGAUCGCUGCUGUCUCCAAUCCAGACAUCGCUUUCCCCGGGGAGCGGGUGUAUGAGGUGGUGCGGCCCCUUGUGAGUCUCCUGGACACACAGAGAGAUGGGAUCCAGAACUAUGAGGCUCUCCUAGGCCUCACCAACCUGUCUGGGCGGAGUGACAAACUCCGGCAGAAGAUAUUUAAGGAGAGAGCUUUGCCAGACAUCGAGAACUACAUGUUUGAGAAUCAUGACCAACUGCGGCAGGCGGCCACUGAGUGCAUGUGCAACAUGGUGGUCAACAAGGAGGUACAAGAGAGGUUCUUGGCUGAUGGGAAUGACCGGCUGAAGCUGGUGGUGCUGCUCUGUGGGGAAGACGAUGACAAGGUGCAGAAUGCAGCUGCGGGGGCCCUGGCCAUGCUGACAGCAGCGCACAAGAAACUGUGCCUCAAGAUGACUCAAGUGACAUCCCAAUGGUUGGAGAUCCUACAACGACUUUGCCUGCACGACCGGCUGUCUGUCCAACACCGGGGUCUGGUCAUUGCCUACAACCUGCUGGCAGCUGAUGCUGAGCUGGCCAAGAAACUGGUGGAGAGUGAGAUGCUGGAGAUCCUGACUGUGGUGGGCAAGCAGGAACCAAACGAGAAGAACACGGAAGUGGUCCAGACAGCCCGGGAAUGUCUCAUCAAGUGUAUAGAUUAUGGCUACAUUAAACCAGUGUCUUAGACUGGGAUCCAGGGGGCUGCUGGGACUGGUUCUGUACCAUGCAGAGUCCUGAACUGGGAACUCCUGGAGGGUCAGGUUGUCCAGGGAUCACAGCAUAACAAUGUAGUCUCAAUAUAAAGGAAAGACUUG